GUGUAUCUGGCUGCAUCCGUUGCAAAUUUAAGAACGCACCCUUGAUACAAACAUUUCUGUCAUUUGUCAGUGUGAGCAGUGAGUUAAAUGUCGCUUUACCUGCAGUCGUGCACUCAUUACACUCGGAACGUGAAUAAACCUCAACAAACCUAUGGAAACGUAACAACGCAGGCAAAUGUGCUAUGAGCAAUGUUUCCAAAUACUAAUCAUUCCAAAUAUUAACUACUGUUAGUUUUUAAAUGCUGUCAUUGACAUUUCCUUGAAAUCAUGGAACCGAUUACUUGAAAUUUUGAUGUGGGACGGAAAACUUCUGACGGAUAAGCUUAAUGAAAAUGUUUGAAAUAUUUUACAAAAAAAUAUUUCCAUAUUGUUUAUUUAUAUGCUAUUUAAUUACUAUAUUGACUUAUGUUGUGGAAAAUUAUAUCUUUAUAAGUAACAUUUGUGUGUGUAUAUAUUUAUCAUUUCAGAAAGAUGGAUCCUGAAACUGUAAUGACAAAUGAGAAUUUAUUUAAGCUGCAAUGUUUAAUUAAAACCACUGAGAUACAGCAUAGUGUACAAUGCAAACUUGAGGGAAAAUUAUUUUUUGCAUUAGCAACCAACAAUGCUGAAAUUGUUCUCUAUUUUAAAAGGGACUUCUCUUGCCUACCUGUUAUUAAAAAGAUACCUUGGUUUCAAGGAUUACAUAAACAAAUCGCUGCUUUUUGCUUUGAUUCAAAUGGCACUUGGUUACUAUGUAUAACUUUAGAUGGUUCAUUGUACGUACUGCCUGCUUUAACUUUAGUCGGUGAACAUUGCGUCAUUGACAAGAAAUGGAAAACUGAUGAUGCAACGUAUAUUCCUUUUGUAAAUUCUCAGCUUUCUCAUUUCAGACCAAUAGCUAUUACAUGGUGGAAGGAAACGAAAAUGUCUAUGGAUAUAGGUAUUAUAGGGACAGAAUGUGGAGCAAUUAUAUUUAUAAGUCUUUCAAGUGGUCAACAGCUAGGUGUAACAUAUAUUAAUGAAAGCAUAAGCAGUUUACAUAUUUGUCAAAAUGAACACAACGAGACUGUGUCUCUUUUGAUAACAAGUAAAUUUCAGCAGCAAUGGCGUUUGUCUUUGGAACAUGUGUCUUUUAAUUUUUCGAGACAUAAUUAUCAAAAUAGAGAAUCUUACAACGAAUUAAACUCAAAUGGCAUAGUUUGUGAUAAUAACGUGGAAGAUUCUGUUCCUAAUAAGUCAAAAUUACAAGAACUUAAACAACUUUCUGUUGAAAAACUCGCUAUUCUUAAACAAAAAUUAAUCGAUACUAAAAAUCAAACAUUAGGAGAAAGUUUGCAAUGCCAUGAUAUCGCAAGUAUCAAAGAAAACGAUCAUUUAAAUGCUGUUAAUAUCCUGGAAAUAUCAGAACCAAAGUUAGGUUUUAUCAGUCCAGAGCCAAUAUCAAAAGAUACUUUCUUGUCUUUGCAAUAUGACAGAGAACACAGGCAAUUAUAUACAUGCUAUCAUCCUGUCACUAAUUACAUUACAGUACAUGGUCCAAAUCUAACUGUAGUACCCUUGUCAAUGCACAAAAUAUUCAAGUCGUGUGAAACUGUUGUAUUAGCGCAUAAAUUAUUUUUUAUUGCUGAUGUUAAUCAACGUGUAAUAUAUAUAAUAUCCGAUCAAUUGUCUGAGGCUCAUAUAAACAAAGACCAUCAAUUUAACCCCGAGUCUAUUAUUGGAGCAUUUUCUUUUAAAAACAGUAAGGAAGUGAUACGUGCAGUAUAUAAAGUAACAAAAUCUGCUAAUAUUGUACCGAAAAGUGUCUCUGAGGAGAUUGAGAAUAAAUGUACUUUAUCAAAGAAUAUAAGAGAUAUUAAGAUAGAACCGUUUAGUUUGGAUACAUGUAUAAUUGUGACAAACCGCUGUGUAUACGAAAUUGUUUUAAGAAAAUCUCUUUUAUCAAUUUUUAUGGAAUUGAUAUUGAAGAAAAACGAGCUGCAAAAGGUGGGAAAAUUAGCAAUGAUUUUUGGAGUGAAUGGACAACAAUUGUUGGAAUAUGUAGGCGAUCUAUUUCUAUCGAAUAAAGAAUUCUCACGCGCAGUAACUUCGUAUAAGAUAUCCAAGUGUAAAUUAUUGAAGAGCGUAUUAAAGUUUGCAUCGGUCGGCCAUACCUCAGAAUUAUUAAGUUGUUUAACUCAUUGUUUACUGACACCUGUUAUUACUGAAAUGCCUAUUGCAACAAGGAUACAUUUAUCUAAUUUGUGUGUACUCUCCUUUAUUGAAAUGAUACUGAGGGUUUGGUCAGAACAAUCUAAAGUAAUCUAUAAAGAAUUCUUAUACUUUUUGUCCACAAAUACAUUUUAUGACGAGUUAUUAGCUAUUAAUAUAGCUGGUCAAACUUAUCUCUGGGAGGUAUUACACCACUUAGCGACACAAAGGAGUCUGUACAAUCAAAUGUUGGAGAUUCUUAUAAAGGCGAUACAAAUAUUUGGCGCAAAUAUCCAAAAUCAUCCAAAAUCAUAUGGUUUACUCAUAUGUUUAAGUGAAUCUGAUAUAAUGCAAUCGAUGUUAUUAAACUACGAUUUAGCUCGAUCUCAUAUAUCAUUUGUGCGCAAUAAUUUGCAAGAUUCUCAGAUCUUCGUGCUUCAGAGACUAGUAACAUUGUAUGAUCCAACAAAUCCAGUAUUACGACCGAAAUUAGUACAAUGUAAAUCGCGCCAUAAAAUGAUGCCGUACAAUUUCCAAUUUGAUCAUUGUGAUUCCACUGUAGAUUCUAUGGAUAAUGAUACUCAGACAGAUACUAUCGUGGAAGAGAUCGUGGAAGAGAUAAUUGAAACGUUUAUACUAGUUUUGUUGACUCUUAUUCAUAAGAAACAAUUAUUAAACCCUAAUUCCAGAUUCACUUUUUUGUAUGACGUACAAUUGCCAGAAGUAAGCAAGGAAUAUUUGGAAGUGGCUUUGAAUAUUGAUUUUAAGAGAAGACCGUUAAGUACUGGAUUUUCCCACGUUGCGCUUGUUAGAAAUGAUAAGAUCUAUACUUGGGGAAGUUCAGUGCAAGGUUGUUUAGGUACUGGCUCUAGUGUUUUGCGAUAUGGGACACCUCAUGCCAUAUGCUUCUUCAGAAGUAUGAACAUUCAAGUUUUUAGUGUAUCGUGUGGACAUUGUCAUACCCUAGCGGUUACUAACAACGGAAUCUAUGCUUGGGGAGCCAGUCAAUUUGGCCAGUUAGGACUCGGCAAGGUGCUGCAAUGCUCGAGCCCGGAAUUAGUUACUUCGUUGGCGCAAGAAAUGAUUGUCGAUGCAAUAGCUGGACAGUAUCAUUCAGUAGCACUAACUGCGGAUGGCAGAAUAUUCACGUGGGGUUGGGGCGUUCACGGCCAAUUAGGGCAUGGUAAUACCGAUGAAAAGACUACACCGUCUUUGGUCAAAGCUCUGCUUGGCGUAGUCGUGUGUCAUAUCAGUGCUGGAUACGCACAUACUUUAGCAUUAUCAGUAGACGGUGUCGUGUACGCCUUUGGAUGUAACGUUCUUGGCCAAUUAGGAACAGGUGAUAAUGCCAAAAGUUCUAUCCCGACAAAAGUAUCAUUACCCGAUGGGAUAACGCUUAUAAGUACUGGAUACUUUCAUAAUUUAGCUGUUAGUAAUGCAAAUAAGUUAUACAUAUGGGGUGCGAGUCCUCAGGUUCUCAGAUUACAAGCACAAGCGCAAAAAAAGACUCGUAUAUUAGAGCAACAAGAUGCUGAGAAAAAGAGUAAGGCUUUGGGCAAAUCGGACAAAAUAUCAAGUGGUGUUAGAAAUUUAAAUGCAGAAAUAAAAGAAGAAUUUUUGAAACACGACGAUGCACAAAGCAAGUCUGCUCAAACCAUUACUUCUAACAUGGAAACGGAAACGAGACCCGAGACCAAAAAUGCACAUUUCAAAGAUUUUAACUUUGAUUUGACCGAAGAGAGUCAAGGACAUUUAAAGCCGUGUAUUGUCGAUACAAGUUUAGUAAAAGGACAAAUUAGUCAGAUAUCAGCUGGCUGUCAUCAUAAUGCGUUGGUAACGAAAGAUGGCUCUUUAUAUAUAUGGGGCCGCAAUUUGGAUGGUCAGAUAGGUAACGGUACGCGGCGAGAAGUGCCAAUUCCGACACCUUUAUAUUACAAUUCAGCCUGUAUUUUUGCACAAAUACCUCCUAGACAUAAUGAUGUUAAAAGAAUGCGGAAUCAAGAGGAUUUGGAUGUUGGCGCCAAGUUGAAUGAUUCAUUAGCAAAUAACGGAAAUGUACUUGAGACCAAUGGAAAUUCAUCGAUGCAUACAGGCAAUGCUGACUUAAAUAAAGAGAGAAUCAACCCUGUAAUUAAUGCCGUUGGCAUUGCUUGUGGAUAUGAUUAUACGGUCGCGAUACAACCAGGAGGUACGGUAUUAGCCUGGGGUAAUAACAGCAGAGCGCAAUUAGGUCGCAUUCCUGCGAAAGAGGCACGCGAUGCCGACGAUAAACUUGUAUUACUGAAAUCAUCAAAACGAAUAGUACGACUUCCUAAUGCGUUGCAUAUAGCUCUGGACGUUCCUAGUCAAGUACCUGAUAUAUCUACCCCAGUAAUAUCUUAUCAAUUUAACGACGCAUUUUCUCUCGCUGGAUUCGUUCGUCCUUUGAGCAUUAUCGAAAAAUCACCUGGAGAAUUAACGCUUCAUUAUGUUUUACAGCAUUUCUAUGGUUUAUAUAACCCCACCAAUAUUUUAGAAAAGUGCAUCGAUUUAGAGAAUUAUCAAGCUUGUUCUAAAAUAGCAGCAUUAGAAAGUAAUAUUCUGGCUGCUUUCAUUUAUCAAUUGAGAAUGUUACAUAAAUUGAAUCUUCAAUCCAAACAUUCAAACUCAAUGUCGGAAAUUCCACAUAAAAGAACAGAAUCGACAAUUGGAAUUAGUUCAAAAAGCAUAGAUUUGACGAAGAAUUCUACAUCGUCUCGAAAUAUCAAGAACACUGAAUUAUUCAAUAGACAAGCAGAAAAGAAUCUUAUGGAAUCCUUAGAAAAUAGCGUUGUUCGAAACUGGACGAAAAUUUCUACGAGUAGAUCUUUGAAUAAUUUGCAAACAUUCGCACAAGAAUUAUACUCGUUCGAUUGUCAAGGUGGUUUAGAGGAAUUGUGCGGAACUCGAAAAAAUGACGAUCCAUCAGAGAACGUUGACGCAAAUCAUUCCGACAUCAAAUACAAUGCUAACAAAGAUGAACAACAGGAAUGGAUUGAACAUUUUAAUUUUAGUGAAAACGAUUCACUAUUGCAAAGUAAGGAUGUCAUAACUCUUAACUCUGCGCAAAAUUCAAUUCAAUCGAGCGGCACGAAAACAAUGCUGAUCGUCAAUGACCAUCAGUGCGACGUAAAUUACGAGAAAACUAUGUUCUAUUCAAACAAAGUAUCUUCACAUUCUCAUAGGAAUUACAUAAUCAAUGAAACCAUAAGAGCAUUAAAGUUUUAUUUGAAAAGUAUCGAUAAUGAAGCAAAUACUGUGAAAUGUGAAAUACUGCAAAGUGCAAUCGGUUUUUGGAUCGAGCACAAUUUUCCGAUGCAAAGUUUGGAGAACGUGUUUCUCGAACAUAUACAUAUUGUUUAUUAUCCUCUUGGAUUAUUGCUUUUUUGUCCGGAUGCGAUUGAAAGAUAUUUGAAUAUAAGAAAGUACGAUUAUGAAAAAAAAGAUUGGUGCGCGAACAAUUUAUUCUCAUUCAAAUUCUGUCUUCAAGUACUGUCAAUGUUAAUGCAGCGUAUAGAUGAAGAUGACAUUAUGUCGGAAUAUGUUAAAAUUUUCUCCUCUUUAAUAGCGGAUAAUUAUGGAGCACCCUUAAAUGGAUAUCCAGGUGCAAGUAGAAAUAAUAAUAAUCCGAAACAAAUGAUGAAAGGUAUCGUCAGUACGAUAUUUUCCGAAACGGAAAAUUCCAGAUUAUUUGCACACAUUAAGGACUUGGAUGCUAUAAAUCAUUUGCUUACAACGGAAGAAGAUAAUAUGAUAUUUACUUGUGGACAUAACUUUCCAACAUCUCUGUACAAAGCAGACAUUAUCCCGACAAUGGAAACUGAAUUGUUAACAUCUCCAUCAUUGAUUCUUCCAUGUACAUCGCAGUAUUUAGGAAAUAUGUUAUCUCGCACAUCUGAACCAGAGAUUUUGUGUCCUUUAUGUAUAAUCGGAGUAUUACGAGCAACAAUGGUAAAGGAUUGCGAAUAAAGGUAUGUUAAUCCUUUCGAUAUGUAUCUGAAUUAAGCUGAAUUUGUAGAAUGGUUUUUAACUACACACACACACACACACACACACACACACACACACACACACACACACACACACACACACACACACACACACACACACACACACACACACACACACACACACACACACACACACACCAUACACACGCACGCGCACACAUUGCAAAAAUUAUAUGUCUAAUAAUAAUGAUACAUCAUUAGAUAAUAUUACGAUUAGAUAAUAUUAACGUUAGAUAAUAUUAACGUUAGAUAAUAUUAACGAUCUAAAGGGACUGUUGUUCGUUUUUAACAUUUUCUUCGUUUAUUCCGUAUACCUGUGCGAGCGCCUUUUCUCGCUCCGGUAACUAUACUCUGGAAUUUACCUAUGUUUUUCUUCUUUUUUCUGUAAAAGACAAAUGUUCCAUUUAUUAAUAUAUAUCUAAAAAUCAAGAAUAUUAUGUAAUACAUACGUGUGACAUAAUUAAAGAUAUACAACUACAAA